AUGGCUGACUCAGAAGACUCUUUGCCUCACAUCCGAUGGGGUGUUCUAGGCACAGGAUGGAUCUCCACCAUGUUUUUAACCGAUCUCCUCGUGGAUCGUCCCGACGCCCGAGCCAAACACACAAUUGCAGCUAUCGGAUCCUCUUCGUUUGAGAAGGGUUAUUUCUUUGUUCAGAAACUUUGGACGAAAGCACCCACGAAACCUCAACCUCAGGUUUACGCAGACUACCAAAACGUAUAUGAUGACCCUAACGUUGACGUCGUGUAUGUCGGCACACCUCACAGUCUGCACAAGAAGAACUGUCUCGAUGCAAUUGCGGCUGGGAAGCACGUCCUGUGCGAGAAGCCGUUUACCAUUAAUGCCAAGGAAACUCGGGAGAUCGUGGAUGCUGCUAAGGAGAAGGGCGUCUUUGUUAUGGAGGCGGCUUGGGUGAGGUUCACUCCUCUAUUCAAAGCUUUGCACGAGGAAAUUAUAGUCAAGAAGUCCAUUGGAGAGAUUCAGCGCUUUUCUGUGGAUUUUGGAAACUAUUUCGACCUAUCGGCACUGCCUAAUGAGCACCGUCUCAAGGAUCCCGCUCUUGGUGCUGGUGCACUGCUCGAUAUCGGCUUUUAUACCUUGACCUUUGCUUCCAUCAUCUUAGGUGACUGGAAGGUGGGCAAAGAGCACCCCAAGCCGAAGGUCAUUUCCUCUCUUGAUAUUGCCAAUGGUAUUGAUGAGGCAAACUUGGUCGUGCUCGAAUAUCCCUCCACCAAGGGUGUCAAGACUGGAGUAUGCACAUCAAGCUUCCGAUACCGUGGGCCAGACGAGUUUGGUCGUAUUGAGGGCACGAAUGGUAGCAUCACCCUUUUUGGUCCUGCAGUCAGUGUCCCUGGUGGCUUUCGUAUUACUGUCGGACCUCGACCAGGUCCUCCUGCAGCCGAUGACAGAGAAACACGCACCUUCAAGGUGGAAAGAUAUGAAGGUACACUUGGCUUUUACUGGGAGGCCGACGCUGUGGCGGAAGAUAUUGCCAAGGGUCGAACUGAGAAUGAGAUCAUUCCUCUUGACGAGACCUUGAGAAUGAUGGAGUUGAUGGAUGAGAUUAGAUCUGCAAAUGGACUCAAGUAUCCACAAGACGAUGUUUAG